AUGGCUGCCGAUCCAAGGCCGUCGCUCACCCCCCAGCAAGCAAGGCAAGUGACGCAGCAGCUUUAUGGAGUGACUGUGACGGAGAUCAGCCCCCUGCCAAGUUACAUGGACCAGAACUACCUCGUGGAGGAUAAGGACGGCUCCAAGUACGUCCUAAAGAUCAUGAACUCAAAAGAGAGUGAGGAGACGACCCUGCUGGAGUUGCAGACGCUCGCCAUGUCCUUUCUACAACAGCAUGGAUUUCCUACGCAGACGACGGUGUCCACCACCACAGGGCAGCUGAUGAGUAUGGAGGAAAUAGACUGCGGACAAGGUGCUCAAACCUACUGUGUGAGGUUGUUGACCUACCUCCCUGGGGAGAUGGUCUCAAGGUCUCCAGUCACGAAACACGAUUUUUAUAAUCUGGGCAAGUUGGCUGCAACCCUGAAUAAGACGUUGCUCCAGCUUUCAUCUCCAAACCUGGAUCUGUUACAAAGGGACGAUGAACCGUGGCAUAUGGAAAACGUUCCUCUUGUGACGGGCUACCUGUCAGUGAUGGAUGGAGAUCCCCUGCAGGAUGUGAUCGGAUCAGUCAUCCAACAGUUUCAAUCACAUGUGCAGCCCAAAAUGAGCAAUUUCCAUAAAGGGAUAAUACACGGGGACCUGAGUGACCAGAACAUCAUUGUCACACCACUACCCAAUGGGCACCAUGAGGUGUCAGGCAUCCUGGAUUUUUCAUUACUCAAGAUCGGAUGCCACGUGUACGAUCUGGCAAUAAUGAUCAUGUACAUGAUGCUGGAGAACCCCAGUCCCUUGGAUGUAGGUGGCGCCCUGUUAGCCGGCUGGGAGAGCGUCAUGCUGCUCAACAGUGAUGAGAGGGACUGCCUCUACCUGAUGGUGCUCGGUCGGCUGUGCCAGUCUUUGGUUUAUGGCAGGCACAAUAUCAACAAAUACCCCGGCAACAAGGAAUACCUAUUGACCACAGCCAAGAGUGGGACUCAGAUAUUAAACAAACUCUGGGAGCUGGGCAAGAAAGAAGUGGAGAAAAAGUGGUUCACAGACGCCAGCACAUUCAAACAAGAAAUCAAUGUGUCUCCGUGAAUUAGCAUGGAGGUUUAAAUCCUUACAGUAAAAGGGAAAGG